CACAGGGAUGACAUCUAACUCAGGAUGAAGACCAAUAAUUAUAAAUUUAGGUAGUGCCUGAUAGAAUCCAGGUAGAAAGUGGCACGUUGGGUCGUAACAGGGUCCAUUGAUUCGGAUGAUACCCGCCUACACUGAGAUGUGGACCAAUGAGUGGCUCUUAAAAGUACCUCUGUGAGACCUUUAUUGAAACUUUUAUUUUGUCUGGCACGCCACGCAGCCUAUUUGUCAGCCUAUCAGUUCGUGAGAAAAGCCGGCUUGAAUUUUAACUGAACAUUUUAUUUGUGUUUUUUUAUUAAUUCAAAUAUGGACAGACCCAGCCUUCGGAGGUUGUUUUCUGCUUGUGAUGUUAACAAGUCCGGUAAAAUAGAGUACGAGGACUUCACCGUUGUAUGCAGGGAGCUCAACGUCUCCGAAACUGAGAUCAAAACUCUGUUCAACAAGUUCGACGCAGACGAAGGCGGAUACAUCGACUACAGCAUGUUUUCGUCCAGGUUUCAGGAGGUUUCGGAGACUUUGGACUUGGCGUCUUUUGGUGCUGGUUCGUCCCAAACCCAAGGCUGUCCGUGGGAAGAGUUUGUAGGCAGGAUAGAUGCGGAGUCGCUCCUCUCUGAAAGUCUCAGGGAGCAGCUGGCUGAUCUUUACCAGGCCAUGAACUCCUCUGCAAACACAACUCUGCUGCAGCAGUAUGAGGAAAUCAUCCACUCUCUGAUCAGUCAAAGCCUGGACAACCGACUAGAGUGUGAACAACUGGAGACCAGUUUAAAGAGAGCUGAGGAGAUGAACAACAGUCAGCUGGCAGAACUGGAGGACGACAUACAGCAGCAGCUUGCCAGAACAGAGGAGAGGGUGAGAGACGAGGAGCGCAAGAAAAUGGAAGGCGUUAUAGCGACCAUGCAGAGGAAGCACGAUAACAAGGUCGCAGACCUGCAUGCAACUGUGGACAGACUGUUAAAGAGCCAAGAGGACUCUGAAUUAAACAAUUCAAAAGAGGAGGUGGUCAGACUGAACAGACAGAUCAGUGCUUUCUCACAGGAAAAUGAGGACCUGCGAGCCUCUCUGCUGCUAGCCCAGACAAACAUUGCCAUCCUGCACUCCGAGCUGGACAAGCUGAAGAACAUGUACGCAGACCAGAAAGCUCAACAUGAAAGAGAAACUGAUGAAUUGAAGAGGAUGGUUAUGGAAUACCAAUCUUAUUCCAAUCAGAUUCAGAUUCUCCAGUAAGUCUGUCUUUCACAUGAUAAAGCUGUCUAUUCAAGUGUAAAAAAACAGUUUUCUCACUGAUAUUCCAAAUCUGCUCAACAGCUGUCUCCCCAAAAUGAAAUCCCAGCCCGAAGGAUGAAGCCCCUCCGACAGAGCACACUCAACCACAGCAGCUCUGAGCCGGAUCCCAGCAAAACAACCUUCCCUCAUGUGGCCAGCUGGGCUGAUAGGUACCUGGACAGUGGAGUGUCGCUGCCGAUGGACACAGCGGAGAGCUCAGCCAGUGAUUACGACAGCGACGACAGCAGGGGCUCGGUGGAAACUGUGCACCACAGUUACUCGUAUGUCCCGUCUGAUGUGGAGGUAUCAGAAAUGAAAUCUGAAGCUACAGUGUCGAUGGCUCCUAGCAAGGCAAGCUCUAUUGCAUCAUCCCUACGAAGACGUUUGUCUGCAUUUUCCUCAAAGCCUUUAGAAGCAGACAUCGAAGAAACUGAGGAACCUGCUCCGAUGUACCGUCUGGUUUUAGCUGGAGACGCAGGAGCUGGAAAGUCUAGCUUCCUGCUGAGACUGACGCUCAACGACUUCAGGGGAGAUAUUCAGACAACGCUGGGAGUUGAUUUCCAAAUGAAGAGGAUGCUUGUAGAUGGAGAGAAGACGAGCCUGCAGAUAUGGGACACAGCCGGACAGGAGAGGUUUCGUAGUAUUGCUAGGUCUUAUUUCCGCAAAGCUCACGGAGUCUUGCUCCUCUACGAUGUUACUUCAGAAAGCAGCUUCCUUAACGUCCGAGCAUGGGUGGAUCAGAUUCAGGAUUCAACAGACGAGAAAAUCCCCAUGUGUGUUAUUGGAAACAAGGUGGACCUCCGAGAGCAGCUUCCAGAGGGGAGCUGUGUGAGCAGUUUGCACGGAGAGAAGUUGGCCAAGGCAUACGGCGCCUUGUUCUGCGAAACGAGUGCCAAAGAGGGAACCAACGUUGUGGAGACUGUGCUUCAUCUAGCGAGAGAAGUAAAGAAAAAUGUCAAACUGAGGCGGCAGUCGAAUUCUCAGGUCAGACUGAGUCAAUCCAACCCAAAGAAGACUCUCAACGCCUGCUGUGGACUGUAGAUGGUUGAUAUCAGUAGAUACGAUGGAGAAUAUAAUUCUCUUACAUGUUUUUAACCUUAAUUAAUUAAAUAUUUAAAGCUGAA